CAAAUGACAAGGUGUGUUCUGUAUUAUCGAUAGCCUAUGUGCAGUCGUUCUUUAAUUAUUGUAAAUGCUUGUAAGAUGCUAAUGCUAGCACAUUUUAGACUAAUGCUAAUAGUUAUUCUGAAAAGGUACUUAACAGUACAUUCUUAUUUUUAGUCAUGAAGUUAAUGACAUUUGGUUAUAGACAAAUGUGUUUAUUUUGAAUACUUCAAGCAUGUUAAAAGUAUAUUUUGAAGACAUGAACAUAUAAACAUGUGUUUAUAUUGAGAGUAGGAAAAGGACAAGAACAAUUGUGUUUUGUUUUGUGCCAAUUGUGAAUAAAUUCUGGCAAGACCCGCCAAACGAGCAGCAAAAGGCAUUCUCUGCUCAUAAUUUCUCCUGUUCUACAGGUCCCUUGACUGACCACAGGGGCCAUGGCCUUCCUUGGGAGCGCAGUUCGGAGGGUGGUCUCUGCAGUGCGGCCCCCUCUCUCUCCAUUGAGCCGGACAACAGCUCGAUCCUACAGCUCAGAGCCCACCUCGGAAAAAAGUGUUCCCUAUGAGAAGACACUCAAACAAGAGGUCGGCAAGUCCUCUGGACCAACAAAGCCUUUACCCAAGUCAGCAGAAGCAGUGGUGAUCGGAGGAGGCAGUCUGGGCUGUCAGACCAUCUACCACCUGGCUAAGAUGGGGAUGACCAACGUAGUUCUGCUGGAGAGAGACAGACUGACUGCUGGCACCACCUGGCACACUGCAGGCCUGCUGUGGCAGCUCCGUCCCAGUGAUGUUGAGGUGGAGCUCUUAGCCCACACCAGAAAUGUGAUCAGCAAAGACCUGGAGGAGGAGACGGGCCUCCACACGGGCUGGAUCGAGAACGGAGGACUCUUCAUUGCCUCCAACAAACAAAGGCUGGACGAGUACAAGCGCCUCAUGUCGCUGGGUAACGUUUAUGGUAUCGAGUCCCAUGUUCUGUCACCGGCGGAGACCAAGGACCUGUACCCUCUGAUGAACGUUGAUGAUCUGUAUGGAACCCUUUAUGUACCUAAAGAUGGCACCAUGGACCCAGCAGGCACCUGCACCACCCUGUCCAGAGCAGCCACCGCCAGGGGGGCCACGGUGAUUGAGAACUGCCCUGUGAGUGGUAUCCAAGUGCGGACUGAUGACCUCGGUGUUAAGAGGGUGAAGGCAGUGGAGACCCCUCAUGGGACCAUUGAGACAUCUUGUGUGGUAAACUGUGCAGGUGUGUGGGCCCCCAAGCUGGGAGAGAUGGCUGGAGUUAAGGUUCCUCUUGUUGCGAUGCAUCAUGCCUAUGUGGUGACAGAGAGAAUUGAAGGCAUACAGAACAUGCCGAAUGUCAGGGACCAUGAUGCAUCAGUGUACCUGCGCCUCCAAGGUGACGCCCUUUCUGUGGGUGGUUAUGAACAGAACCCCGUCUUCUGGGAUGAGGUGUCCGAUAACUUUGCCUUCAGCCUGUUUGACCUGGACUGGGAUGUAUUCACGCAACAUAUUGAGGGUGCCAUCAACAGAGUUCCUGUUCUGGAGCAGACUGGCAUCAAGUCCACCGUCUGUGGACCAGAGUCAUUCACAGCCGACCAUAAGCCUCUGAUGGGAGAGGCCCCGGAGGUCAGAGGCUUCUUCUUGGGCUGUGGCUUCAACAGCGCUGGCAUGAUGCUGGGAGGUGGUUGUGGACGAGAGCUGGCUCACUGGAUCAUACAUGGCCGCCCUGAGAAGGAUAUGUACGGUUAUGACAUCAGGCGUUUCCAUAACUCGCUGACAGACAACCCAAAGUGGAUCAGAGAGAGGAGCCACGAGUCGUACGCUAAAAACUACUCUGUGGUGUUCCCGUUUGAUGAGCCGCUGGCCAGCCGCAACAUGAGGAAGGAUCCUUUUCAUCAGGUGCUGACGGAGCAGGGCUGUGUGUUCCAGGAGAGGCACGGCUGGGAGAGACCUGGCUGGUUCAACAAAGAUGGGGCCGCUCCUGUUAAAGACUACGAUUACUAUGGGGCUUAUGACGUUAAGAAAAAUGAAAACUACAAAUACAACGAGUUGCUCAGCAAAGAGUAUACCUUUGACUUCCCUCCGCAUCAUGAAGUGAUUAAGAGUGAGUGCCUCACGUGCAGAAGUGGCGUUGCGGUGUUCGACAUGUCCUACUUUGGAAAGUUCUAUCUGACUGGACCAGAUGCCAAGAAGGCGGCUGAUUGGCUGUUCACGGCUGAUGUCAACAAGAAGUCAGGCUCUACUGUGUAUACCUGCAUGCUGAAUAAGGGAGGAGGGACGGAGGCUGACCUGACGGUGAGCAGACUGGAGCCUGGUGCCGCCAACAUGCCCCUGGCCCCACAGUCCAAUGGUGAUGUCUACUACCUGGCCAUUGGAGGAGGCGUGGCAGAACACAACUGGAACCACAUCAGAACCGUUCUUCAGGAUGAAGGCUUCAACUGCCAGCUAACGGACCACUCUGAGGACAUGGGGAUGAUCAGCAUCCAGGGACCCAAGAGUCGAGAGGUGCUGCAGGAGGUGUUGGACGCCGACCUGAGCAACGAAGCUUUCCCCUUCUCCACCCACAAAGUUGUCAGCGCAGCAGGGCAUCAGGUGCGGGCGAUGCGUCUGUCGUUUGUCGGAGAGCUCGGCUGGGAGCUGCACAUACCCAAAGACUCUUGCCUUCCGGUCUACCAUGCUGUCAUGGCUGCUGGGGCAAAGCACGGCAUCAUCAACUCAGGCUACAGGGCCAUAGACUCACUCAGCAUAGAGAAAGGCUACAGGCAUUGGCACGCAGACCUUCGCCCUGAUGACACACCCCUAGAGUCAGGGUUAGGCUUCACCUGCAAAAUGAAGAGCUCCAUCCCAUUCCAGGGCCGUGAUAGGCUGGAGAAACAGAAGGAGGAGGGGCUGAGGAGGCGCAUCGUCUGCUUCACCAUUGAUGAGAAAGUAUCCAUGUUUGGUUUGGAAGCAGUUCACCGUAACGGCAUUCCUGUUGGUCACCUACGUCGUUCAGACUAUGGCUUCUUUAUCGACAAAACUAUCGGAUAUGGAUAUAUCCGCAAACCUGAUGGAGGAGUGGUGAGUGCCGAUUUCAUAAAGAGCGGCGAGUUUACCCUGGAGAAGAUGGGAGUGACGUACAAGGCCAAGGCCCAUCUUAAAUCUCCAUUUGACCCUCAGAACAAACGCAUCAAGGGCAUCUAUGAUUGAGAAGGACCACACAUGUGAAAACUGAAGAAAACAAACUGGUUGGAGAGUGAGGCUGGGAGAGGUGCAGCUUACAAAUAGUAUGCAUUAUAGCUUAGAUAGAUUAAAUGUGAUAGGAAAAAUAACUGGAGGGGAUAAAAGAAACCUUUUUAGAACUAAAAUGUAAAUCAAAAUACAAAAGAGGUGCUAAUUUAGUUCUUCUUGUACAAAUGUUGAUUGUUAAGCUUUACAUUUUAAGCCUGCUCUGGGUUUAAGAGUAACACUUGUGAAUGCUCUCAUGUGAGAAAUAUUACUAUGAAGACAAACUACAGAGGUGAACUACAGUAUCUUUGCUCUAGUAAUCAAAGAUGUUUUUCCAGUACACCUGGAUAAGUCCCUCGCGUGAUCCUGCUAUCUUUGAAUAAGCCUGAGCUUUUUUCUGGAUCGCUUUUAAUUACUAAAAUAACCUCACAUGAUUAGGUCGUUUUUUAAAAUAGAAACUAAACUGAACAAUAUUUGCUCUUUUCAAACAAUCACCAGUAAGUUUUGAAGCUAGAUAACUCAGGGAAUCUCCUUUACAUCUAGUUAAUACUGUGACUUCUCUAUUGGCAGCACAAGCUUUGUAUACUGGUGCUAAAAAGUAAAUAACUUUAAGUAUUUAGGCAUGUAUAACAGUCAAGUUUUUCCCUUUUUAAAGUGCUAUAUUUUAGAUAUUAAAUCCUUUUAACAUUUAUCCUAUGAGGCCAUAUUGUACCAUAUUGGGGAAUCAAAGUGUUUCCAAACCAUUCACAAGCCCUUCUGGCAGUUUGAGUCAGAUUACAGUGACUGAUGCUGUUGUUGACAACAGUGACUAAAACUGAUUUUCACUCUGUAGUAUGGUAUCUAAAUCUUAGGCAGACAGAGUGUUUAUCAACAAAAAAACACCCUGAGGCAUAGUUUAUCCAGCCAGGGAGGAAACACUGCUGUCGAAAAAAAUACUGGAUAAAGACAAGUUAUCAGAAAGCAGCUGUUACAGAUAGAGCCUUUGUUUUCUGACCCACCCCCUCCCCCCCUCUCCGUCAUUGCUGUCCUCUUCUGCUCUAUACUGCCGUCGCUGCUGUUUGCAAACUCAAUUCUCUUAAGUUCGUUUCUUACCAAAUGCCAUUGUCAUUUAAGAGUUAUCUUCCAAUCCAGCCGCUUAUUUGCUGUUGUUCUGCUGCUAAAUCAAACUCAACCAUUUGUACAUCUGCAGGAGGCGACAGCACAUUUAUCAUCGCCUUGGCCUUUUAACAUAUCAAAAUAUGAUCUUGGUACAAUGGACUAGUGAAUUUGACAGGACUGUUUUGUAGAUGUUUUGUAAUUAAAAUGUACAUUUUGAUAAUACAACUAGCUUCAUCUGUCAUCUCACUCAGUCAUUUAGUGUAUGCCACAUGUAUACACUGUGUGUGUACUGUAUAGAUAUACACUGCUAACUAAUCAGCUAUUAUUUUAUUUGUCGCCAACUCAUGGUUGUUGUAAGGAAAAGUCUUCAAAGUAAAACUGACAGAAAAAGAGAAAUCACCAGUCAAACUCUUUGAUGGCAUAAUCAUGUCUUAAAGUAUGUGCAGUAAUUCAAGAUACUAAUUCUGCUAGUUAUGUCUUAAAGAAGAGGUGUCAUGCUUUUCCGGUUAUUACCCGUCCCCUUGUAUGUUAUGAAGGUUUUUAUGCAUGUAAACGGUGUGCAGAGUCAAAACCCUCAAAGUACACCCUGUAGCG